GAGGGGUUUAACCGCGAAAUAGAGGAAUUUGUGUGACAUCUAGAACAGAAUGGUUCUAGAUAACAAGAUGCGAGCGCCACUGAAACACAUGGUUUGAAUGAGCUAAUCAAAAGCUAUUGGAUAUGAAGCCAAUUUACUGAAGGCUGACCAAUCAAAAUCAAGUAAAAGCCGGUGACCUUGUUGUCUGGGAAAACUUAAAUCUCCCAAGUAUUGAUUGGGAUUCUGGGUCAUUGUAGAGUGCAUUAACGAGAAAUGGGCGACGGAAGCAGGAAGGCUGUUGUUAAAAAUGCUGAUAUGUCUGAAGAAAUGCAGCAAGACGCAAUAGAAACAGCAACACAUGCUUUCGAGAAAUAUAACAUUGAGAAAGAUGUAGCCGCUUACAUUAAAAAAGAGUUUGAUAAAAAGUACAGUCCAACAUGGCACUGCGUUGUUGGAAGAAAUUACGGAAGCUAUGUGACACAUGAAACCAAGCAUUUCAUUUACUUUUAUGCUGGACAAGUUGCCAUUCUUUUGUUCAAAUCCGGUUAA